CCAGAACUGUAGGUGUCCCGCGGGAUUCCAGGGCUCAAGAUGUCAGUACGAUAUAGAUGAAUGUACCCGGGGAACCAGUGGUUGUGACCAUGAUUGUAUGAACACAGUGGGCUCUUAUAGAUGUAAAUGUAGACAAGGCUACAGGCUCGGCAAAGAUGGUAGAAGUUGUGAAGAUAUCAAUGAAUGUGACAAUAAUAAAGGGGGGUGUCAACACGACUGUCGUAAUACCCAGGGAGGAUUUCAGUGUCUGUGUCCAGCAGGGUACCGUCUCCGCGCCGACGGACGAAGCUGUGAGGCUGCUGGGAACUUGCGUAAGAUUGAAAAUAAAAUAGGAACAAAUAAUGAGUUAGUUGCACAAUUUGAUAAAAAUGGAGAUACCAGUAGAAAAUUAAAACAAGGAGUGGAAAAUGGAAACCAGAGAAAUGAGAUUUCAGAGAAACUUCUGAAUAAAAAAUUGGCAGCCAUUGCUCAGAAGACGGAUGAAUUUACAGAAUUGGCUUCUGUUUUGAAAAAGAGGCGACUUCUGAAUUAUCAGGUGGAGUCGGCCUGCAGCGUAAAUAACGGGGACUGUGAACAUCUCUGUAUCGAGGGCUCGGCAGCAGGACAUUACAGAUGUAGCUGUAGAGAGGGCUACAGGCUCAAACAAGAUGGACGCACCUGUCAACUGGCUGACCCCUGCAGGAACAGAAAUGGAGACUGUGAACACAAGUGUAUUAACAGGAAUGGUAGCAGGGUGUGUGAGUGUUUUAUGGGUUACAAGUUAUCAGCUGAUCAGCGGCAAUGUGAGGACAUCAAUGAAUGCCUGAACAACAAUGGUGGCUGUAGCCAGGACUGCGUCAACACGAUGGGAUCCUACACGUGUCGCUGUCACCCGGGAUUCCAGCUCGGGGUCAACAGGAAGUCCUGCUACAGGGUGGAGCUGGAACCAGUAGACAGUUGUGCCAUUAACAAUGGAGGGUGUGCUCAUAAUUGUCGUCAUGAGAACGGGGGGCCAGUCUGUACCUGUAGGAAAGGAUACACUCUACAGAUUGAUAGGAAGUCCUGUCUAGAUGUAGAUGAGUGUGAGUCUGAUGAGGCCUGCUGUGCUCACCAGUGUUCUAACAACCCAGGCGGCUACUCCUGUAUCUGUAGGCGGGGAUUUGUUCUGAACCAGGAUGGCUGCUCCUGUGAUGAUGUGAAUGAGUGCCUGUCAGACAAUGGGGGCUGUGAACAUGAGUGUGUGAACUCGGAGGGCUCCUACAGCUGUGUAUGUAAGCCCGGAUACAGACUCGCCCCUAACAACAGGGGCUGUAUCUUGAUAGACACGGGUCCCCAGCGGGGGGAUAUCCCAUCUUCUCUUCAGUAUAAGGCCUCAAUACGGCCCCUCCCUCUGGUAGAAAACCUCAAACUUCAAGAUGAACUGAUCGAUUCUGAUGUUAAAUAUGAAUGUGUGCCGGGAAACUUUGGACCAGACUGUAAGUGGACUUGUGACAGUUGUCAGAACGGAGCCACCUGCAACAGAGAAAAUCCUGGCUGUGUUUGCUCUCCUGGGUGGGGUGGAUUUCUCUGUAAUCAAACUUGUCCACAAGGUUUCUAUGGCAGUGGUUGUAACCAGAUUUGUAGCUGUCAGAAUGGAGGGACGUGUGAUCAUGUGACUGGUAAGUGCACAUGUCCUCCAGGGGUCCACGGCGAGGACUGUUCUGAUGGGUGUCCCUCAGGGUUCUUUGGUAAAAACUGUGACAGGCCCUGCUCCAAGCCAUGUUAUAGUGGGCACUGUGACAGGGAGUUUGGAUAUUGUAUGUGUCCGCCCGGGUUUUUUGGAUCCUACUGUGAUACAAAAUGUCCCAUGUUUAACUGGGGAACAAACUGUAUGAAUCAAUGUCAUUGUAACAGGACCACUACAGAAUUCUGUGAUACAGUGAAUGGCAAGUGCUCUUGUAAGGAGGGUUUCUAUGGAGAGCAAUGUCAAUUUCGAUGUUUAGCAGGGCAUUAUGGGAAAAAUUGUAAGCGGUUGUGUAACUGUAACAACAAUCAGUCAUGUGACCCUGAGACUGGGAGGUGCUACCUCAGAUGUGACCAAGGAAGGAUGGGAGACAGCUGUGAUCAAGUUUGUCCCAAUGGAACUUAUGGUUUUAACUGUGAACAGAAAUGUAAUUGUCACGAUAGUUUAUGUCAUCCCGAGACGGGGAAAUGUAUCUGUAAAGCAGGCACUCGAGGAAGACAAUGUAAUAAACCUUGUCGUAAUGGUACGUGGGGAGUGAACUGUAUGUACCAGUGUACCUGUAAUAGGGGGGAGUGUGAUAAGGUCACGGGAGAGUGCCUCUGUCCUGACGGAUGGUACGGCCAGGAAUGUCAAGACGCAUGCCCGCCUACCCGUUACGGCUUCCAGUGUUUACUUCAGUGUAAAUGUGAGAACAACGCCUUGUGUAACCCAGUGGAUGGUUCAUGUAAAUGUAGAGAGGGAUUCAGAGGGACCAUCUGUGACCAAGUGUGCCCUCCUGGGACGUAUGGACCUGACUGUAUCUACCGGUGUGCCUGUAGGAAUGGGGCGGAAUGUGACCAUGUUACCGGGGACUGUAUCUGUGGGCCGGGCUGGAAAGGGAUGGGAUGUGAUGAAAGGUGUGAUUAUGGUACCUUUGGAGCAGGGUGUAAAGAGAAAUGCCGCUGUGCCAAUGGUGCAUCAUGUGAUCAUAUUGGAGGAGGGUGCACCUGCACUGCUGGUUGGCAGGGGAAGCACUGUGACAAGCCCUGCCCCCAGGGAUUUUACGGCCUGGAUUGUCAGGGGGUCUGUAACUGUGGAAACAAUGGGGCAGAGUGUAACCACGUGACAGGGGAGUGUAAGUGUUCAGCAGGGUGGACGGGGGAGGACUGUUCUAGGGCGUGUCCGUUAGGAACAUACGGGGAGGAGUGUAGGCACCAGUGUCACUGUGGAAACGGGGGCACCUGCGACCCGGUGUCUGGGGCCUGUGUGUGUGCUGCUGGCUGGAGAGGAAAUCAUUGUGAAGAGGAAUGUCCUGAGGGAUUUUAUGGUAUUAACUGUCUGUACCACUGCUUUUGUCGGAAUGACGCUCCAUGUAACAGUAUUACAGGGGAGUGUAACUGCACAAGUGGAUUCACUGGAACAGCCUGUGAAAAAUCAUGUUAUGAGGGUUUCUUUGGUCCUAACUGUGUACAUCAAUGCCAGUGUGUUAAUGCAGAGUCAUGUGACAAGGAAACAGGAAGUUGUAAAUGUCUCCCUGGAUACACAGGGCAGCUAUGUGAUAAAGAGUGUCCCAAUGGAUUUUAUGGGGAGAAUUGUGAUGAAGAAUGUGGCUGUAAGAACGGGGCGUCUUGUCAUCAUGUGACCGGGGACUGUACCUGUACUCCAGGCUGGAGGGGCAGAAACUGUCACAGAGCUUGUAUGCGAGGUUUCUAUGGACAAGACUGUAUGGACGUGUGUUUGUGUGGGGAUGACCAACCUUGUAAUCAUGUCACCGGGCAAUGUUCCUGUCCCCCAGGCUUCUCUGGAGAAGGCUGUCAAAACAAAUGUCCGGAGGGUCGGUACGGUGAGGGGUGUGAUCAGUCGUGUAACUGUGGGAGGAACUCUGUAUGUGACCCUGUCACAGGAAACUGUAGCUGUAAACCAGGGCAUUAUGGGAAAAACUGCACCAGAAGGAGAAAGAAUAGACGAAAUAGAAAAGUCCGUGACAGACGCCGUAAUGAGAGUAUAUCUGUGGUUUCAUUUAUAAACAAACCUAAAGGGAGACCCGAAUCAGAAUCCUUGAGAAUUGGUUGUGGAAAAAGAAGAUUUGGUGCGAAUUGUGAGAACAAGUGUAAUUGUGAAAACGGAGCCACCUGUGACUCCAGAACAGGAGCUUGUUUGUGUCCUGUGGGGUACAUAGGACCCUCCUGUGCCCAGCCCUGCCCCCGGGGGUACACAGGUCAGGGCUGUAAACACGUCUGUAAAUGUAGGAACGAGGCCACUUGUGAUUCAGAGAGUGGGCAGUGUAUAUGUCUGCCUGGUUACCAUGGAGAUAGGUGUCAGUUCAAGUGUGAGGAUAAUAGAUUUGGUAUGAACUGCAGUGGUGUGUGUAACUGUAGUGUUAAUGGACGCUGUGAUCAUUUGACCGGUCAGUGUCACUGUGACCUUGGCUGGAUGGGGGACACUUGUGACCAGCUUUGUCCCCCCGGGAAGUUUGGUCCAGCCUGUGUCCACUCGUGUGUGUGUCAGAAUAAUGGGUCAUGUGAUCCCGUCAGUGGCUGUUGUAGCUGCCUCCCUGGGUUCUACGGUCAAAGCUGCGAAUUCAACUGUCCAAAGGGAACAUAUGGUCUGUACUGUAGAGAGACAUGCAGCUGUAAAAAUGGUGCUAAAUGUAACCCAGUCCAUGGGCAGUGUAAAUGUAAACCAGGUUACAAGGGAGAGAACUGUCAACACAUGUGCUCAAGAGGUUAUUAUGGAUUUCUGUGUAAGGAGGAGUGUCAGUGUGGCUCCGCCCACUGUGAUCAUGUGACAGGGGAAUGCUUCUGUCCUGCAGGAUUAAAGGGGGCUAACUGCACAAACAUGUGCAAACAAGGGAAAUAUGGCCCCAAUUGUGAAUUUUUCUGUAACUGUGAUAAUCAAGGCUUCUGUGACCCAGUGUCAGGAGCAUGUGUGUGUCGGAACGGAUUUACUGGGUCAAGGUGUCAGUACAUCACAGUCACUCACUUAUCUGACCUUGAACUUGAUGAUGAUUAGAGGAGAAGGCUCCUUCUUCAUCCAGGAGAGGUGAUAUUCCAUGGAAUGUACAUUAUUACAGUAAGAGGUGAUGAUACCUCAGAAUGGUACUCAGAUUGGGUGCUCUAUAAAGAAAACAUUGUCGAGAUCCAGACCUGGUCCACGAGGGAGACUACCCAGAAUUCCAUAGCAUCAACCCAUUACCUUCCAGCAUUUCAUCAAGCAUCACCCCCAAUACACCAUCCAUCUGCUUGACUAAAUGUAAAACCUGUGCCAAGAGAUUUCUAUUUUACAAUUAUUUGGCAUGCAUGAUUAAGUGUAUAUUUGAAGUGUGACUGAAAUGUUUAAGUGUAGUAUAUUGAUAGUUACACUGUAACUGUCAAAUUUUGUUUAGUGACAAUUUGCUUAUAUGCUUUAUAUUGGUCCACAUUUAUGCCCUGCAUAAUUUUUGGCAUCACUUAAAAAUUAUGCAAUUUAGGGAACAUAUUUUUUUAAAUCAAGGUUUCUUUGUUUAGCAAUCUACCUUGUUUAGUUCCAUUAAUGUAGGAAUGUAAAGACAUAUGUAUUAAUGUAUGUGUUUUAAUUUUUUUUUUAUUGAGGACCAAAGAACCUUAUAAUGUUCAUUACUAUUUACAAUAUGAAUUGGUGCAAUAUAUACAUUGUUUAUUUUUAAUUUCAUGAAUUUUGCCAUAUUUGUAAAUGUACAUUAUAGAAUGUUUUAAUUAAGGCUGACUUAAAUGUUGAAUGAAAAAGAAUCCUGAAGGAAUGUAUUUGAUACAAUUUCCAGUAGAAUGAAUAAAUCAUACAAGUAAUCUGUAGGUGCAAUUUUACUGGCAUUAUUAAUUUAAUAAAACUGUCCAACUUGACCCAUAUUUGAGGUGAUAUGAUCUGUUACUGUAGGUUUUAAGAUUAUUUUGAUGCAGCAUAAUUUGAAAAUAUGGUCAAAAUACAGCGUAUGUUAGAAAAAUGACUCUCUCUUCAAUUUAUUUCAUAAAAGUCUUGGUAACUAAAGAUAUCAGGGAUACGUAGUUGAAACUCGUUUAAUAAAUACCAAGUAAGUGUAACAUUGAUUUUAUCUAUAUGUUUCUAUUGAUCCUAGUAUCUUUUUUCUAGUAAUAGAGUUUUAGAGAUAGUUUGGUAGCCAAUCUGAUAAAUUUUCAUGUAUUUUCAGGAGAAGUUUUGUUUUGCAUCAAAACACUGUGGGCCCUAAGUUGUCUUGGGAAAUUUUUUCAGAACAGCCCAUUUCUGGAAUAGCCGAACACUUUCCGAAUAAAGGAAGGAAUAUUUCCUUUCCAUUUCAUUAUAUUCCAACAUUGGCUUUCAUAAUGCAAUAAGAUGAUGUGUGUGGGGAGUUAUUUACCACCUUUUUUCUCAAAUUCUACUAUUUAAAAAAAUGGAUAUUCUGAAAUAUGUAUAAAGAUAUUUUUAAAACUUUAAAUUACUAAUAAUCACAAGUAUCUUGGAAUCAUUUUAAUUGCGGGGGGAUGGGGGUGUCAAUGAGUGUUUAUGGAUAAGCAACAUUUUAUUGGUUCUUUGGAUUGAACUCAUGUGGGUAACUUUUCUACACAGAGGAUUCAAUAAAUCAAAACACUGACAAAACUGUACAUUGUAAAUGUGUUGGUAUUAAGAGUGACCCAUGGAAUCCACAAAUAAUAGUCCCCCACAAGUGAUAAUUCCACAGUAUUGAUAAUUUAGUACAUGUAUAGGAUUCUAGGAGAUUUUAUAAUGCAUUUACAUAACUACUUCAGUUGAAUCUGUACCAUCCUAUCAUCAAUAUAUCUUUAACUGCAUCAAACUUGGGUAAAUUUUCACUCACUUGAGCCAAAGGCUUAAGUUUUUCUGAACAAAAUCAGCAUUCCAGCCCAUCAGUCUCUCUUAACUGAAUUGUGUUUUCAUUUAUUUCAUUGGCCACCAUUUUAAUUAUAGGUCAAAGUGUUGGAUUUUCUUCAGACAGUUUUUAGCGUAUAUGGAAGGAAUAUACUGUAAACCAACUUUUAUUCGCGACGACUUUAUUUCACGAUUUAUCGAGGGUAAACUAGUUCGCGACGAUUAAUUUUCGCGAUCAAGCCUUUUUUGGAUCAGUUGUUAAUAGACACGGAGACCUUAAGGAUCGGUUCUCGGCGAGAAAUAUUCGCGGUGACUAGGCCCUCGCGAAAAUUUCUCGCACGCGAAUAAAAGUUGGUUUACAGUAUGGGGAAAUCCUUACAAAUUUGCAAUUAUAAAAUAAAAGAUGCUUGAACAUAUUCUUAUCUACAUCUCAGUGCCCGAUGUAACAAGUUUGUUUGAAUAAUAAAGGUGUCUGGAUACCUUAGCUAAAAAUAUAAAAGGAAAUGGUAAUUUAAUUAUGCUUACCUAGUAAAUCACUUUGAUAGAUAUAAUCUGCCAUAAUUUUUUUUUCACCCAGGUAACUCCUGUCUAGUUCAAUAUUAAAGUUGUUUAUGUUACAAAUUACACAUAUUUAUGACAUCAUUUGUUAUUCAAAUAUAUCAUCUUAAAUACUCAAUGACUAGCUACAUAACCUCCCAGCAGAUUUUUGAUGCUUGAUAUUUUCUCUGUUAAUGCACUCAUCACAAGAAUAUAGGAAAUGAAUUAUGGGUACACUUGGUCUUUAUUGUAGAAGGCAACAGUAUAAUCAUGGUCCACUUUGUGACCUGUUAUUCAAAGAAUAGGUCUGAUUUGAAAUUUUUUUGUUAGAUUCUUAUUAAUUUCUAAAUUCAAAGAGAAUGGAACAAAACAGCAGCCAGAACAAGAUGUGUUUGGGAAACACUGAUGCCCCCAUAUGGCAGCUUAUGACGAGGGUUGAAGUUUCUCAAAUGCAAGUCAAACUCCAUGGUCAAUGUUAAAAAGUCCAACUUGUCGUAUCCAAAGGAAAAUCUCAUCACAAGGAAUACACCUAUGAAAUAUGAAAGCCUUGGUACUAACAGUUUAAAAGAUAUGGUCAAAGAUAAGUUUUUUUAAAAGUGGCUAGAACUCUUAGGUCAAGGUCAUAUAUUUUAUACCCAUUGAAAGGUCUUGUCACAGUGAAUACAUAUGAAGAAUGAUAGCUUAGCACCAAUUAUUCAAAAGUUGGAAAUUUUUGGUAAAAGUGGGUCAAAGUCAAAGUUACAAGGUCAAAAUUGGUGGUACUGUACAUAAAGAAAGGUCAAAGGAAUGCACUUGUGAAGUAUCAAGUAUGAAAGCCAUAGCACCACCUUGGAAAAAGUUAUAAGCAAGGUUAAAGUUUUUGUGGACAAACAGGGUAAGAUUUAAUUAUUUACCCUCAAAUCUUAGAAUAUGUGAGUAUGAAAAUGUUAUCAGCCAUCCUUUGGCCACUUGUUUUGUCAUCUGGCUUAUUUCAACUGUCAGCAUCAGAUUUUAUUGUAAAAUUAAAUAUAAUGAGUUGUAUCUUUUUAAACUUCAACCCCUCCCCCCUUUAAUUUUUUUUUUAUUAUUGUUUAAUUUCAUUUGAAAUGUCGUUAUGAAUUUCCGAUUAAAUUUGUAUUCAAAAUUCUUUUUAAUCAAAAUCACAGAAAAUGUAGAAUUAUAUAUGUACAUCAAAAUGUUUUGAAAUAUUUCAUAAAUAUUUAUGUACAUGCCUUUUUUUUCAAAAAUUCAUUUAUUUCAGUCUACAUGUAUGUUGAUUUCAUAUUUAUGUUUUAUUUUUCCAGUAUUAUGCAUAUGAGUAUUUAAAUGAUAAAGUAUAUCAUAAAUUGAAUUUAACA